GUCGCCAUCUCGCCAUCUCGCAGAAUUGCACUGCGAACCCUCUUUUGGCGACAUAUUUGCGUACCAUGCUUUGGACCGACACCCAUAUCCACUAUCGACUACCGAAGCGAUUACGGAAGAACGACCAGGCCAGUGAUUAGACAGCAAGGACGUUCAACGUUACAUAAGACCCUCAGUACCAUGACUUGCGUAGAGGUCUCCUCGCUUGCCCGAUUGAAAUACUGUCUACUCUGCCUUUGGGAGACUACAUAGGCAGGGCGUCUAUACGUCUGGCCAGCGUUUACUCUUCUCUUGACCUCUUUGUACUAGCAGAGAUGCCUGUGUACACCGCGCUGGCUCCUCCCCCUCUGCCUCAAGAUACGAUCCAGCCAUAUGCAUCACUGCCUCCGAAUCAAGAGGAGAUGUACGAGACGGUGUUAGAGCACUUCUCCAAAGAGGACUACACGCUACUAGGGUCUGAGGAAGGGAAGGGAGGGUUGAUGGAGGAGGAGAAGUUUUGGCUGUCUAGAGAAUGUAUUCACCGCUAUCUCCGCGCGGUCAAGUGGCACGCAGAUAGCCUGGCUAUCAAGAGACUGGAAGAAACCCUCCAAUGGCGCAGAGUAUUUGGCAUCCAUGAAAUGAAAGCCUCCCAUAUUGAACCAGAGCUUGUGACUGGCAAGAUAUUCACUUUGGGCUAUGACACUGAACGGAGACCUGCUCUCUAUAUUCUCUUCAGUCGUAAAAACACAGACGAGACGCAUAGAUAUAUCGAAGCCAUUCUGUGGUUUCUUGAAAGGACACUCGACCUCGCUGGCCCCGGUGUUGAGUCCCUAAUACUCCUGAUUGAUUACGGGGAUAAAGGAAAAACUCCCUCCAUGCACACUUGCAGAACCGUCCUUCAUAUCGUGCAAAACCACUAUCCCGAGCGUCUUGGCGCUUGCCUCGUCCUCAAUGAACCCUUCCUUUUCAACACAUUCUACAGAAUCAUAUCACCCUUCAUAGACCCUGUUGUCCAUGCGAAACUGAGAUUCAAUCCUUCACCUAUCACAGACGGCCUUUUCACUGAAGAACAGCUGCUCGAAGCAAAUUGGGGAGGGAGCAUAGAUUUUGAGUACGAGCAUGGGAAGUAUUUUGGACAUAUGGUGGGGAUGUGUGAGGAGAGGAAGGAGUCUCAAAUGAGGGCUUGGACGGAGCUUGGGGGCAGUGUAGGGAUUAGUGAAUGGGACUUCAAGACGAGUGCUGAGGGAGCGAAAGCUGAGAAAGCAUCAACUGAGGAGCAAGAAGUCGAGAAAACUGGAGAAGCCGGCGUUGUCGCUGAAGCAUCAACGAACUGACAACGAUGAUGGGAUUGCUGCUUCGCUUACCCAUAGAUAUACACGGAUGUGUUUAUUAAACCGUUUGCCUACACUCUUGCGAC